AUGGCAAAAGUUAUUACAGUCUUUGGCGCCACCGGCUCCCAAGGCGGUAGUGUCGUUAGGACGUUCACGCAUGAUCCCAAACUUAAAUCAGAAUGGACGGUUCGCGCAGUCACCCGGGAUGCCACUUCCGAUGGAGCCCAGAAGCUUGCUGCUGAAGGCAUCGAAGUCGUCAUUGCCGACGCAAACAAUAAGAAAUCUCUGUUAGAAGCCAUGAAGGGCUCAACCGCCGUUUUCUCCAUGACCACCACUGGAAAUACGGACUGGGGGCAGUCCGACAUCGAGCUUGAGCUGCAGCAGGGAAAAAAUUUGGCCGAUGCAGCGAAGGAAGCCGGGGUGGCCCAGUAUAUCUGGUCUUCUCUCCCGUACGUCCAGAAACUGACAAAUGGAACUCUGACCUACGUAUACAAUUUCGACACUAAAGCUCGGAUAGAGGAGUACGUGCGAAGCAUUGGUAUUCCAGCAGCAUUUUUCCUGCCUGGCAGCUUCAUGACUAAUUACUCAGCGCGCCUGUUGCAGCCAUCUCCAGCUCAUGACGGGGCGUAUGCUAUUGCUCUGCCGUUUGGUGCAGAUCGUCCAAUCGCCCUCUUCGAUACUGCAGAUACUGGCAAAUUUGUCAAGGCCAUCAUUAGGCACUGGAAUGACGUUGUCGGCAAGCACAUACUAGGUACCUCAGGCGAUGUUACCGGUGAUGAGAUCAUCACGACAUUCAAGAGAGCGUUUCCCGAGGCUGGUAAGGGCGCAGGCUGGCAUGAGCUGGAUUAUGAUUCAUGGGGUUCUUUCGUUCAAGGCCCAGGAUUGAUGAAAGAAACCAUGAUUGACAACAUGAAGCUCAUUGCCGAGUACGGCUACUUUGUUGGAGAAAGUUAUGAGUUGACCCAACGGAUCCUAGAGGACGAUCUCACAAGUUGGGAGCAACACAUCAGGAAGAGUCCGGCUUAUAAGGGUUUGAAAUAA